UGCCCGCCGGGAAGCGCCUCCCGAGAUUCCUGGAGCCGCGCUAGUCGGCGGCUUGAGGAGUUCCUGUCUUCGCCAUGCCUAUGAAAGGCCGCUUCCCGAUCCGCCGUACGCUGCAGUACCUGGGUCGCGGGGAUGUGGUAUUCAAGGAGUCGGUGAAGGUCAUGACUGUGAACUACAACACGCAUGGGGAACUGGGCGAAGGCGCCAGGAAAUUCGUGUUUUUCAACAUCCCUCAGAUCCAGUAUAAGAAUCCUUGGGUACAGAUCAUGCUGUUUAAGAACAUGACACCAUCACCCUUCCUGCGGUUCUAUCUAGAUUCUGGGGAGCAAGUCCUGGUAGACGUGGAGAUGAAGAGUAAUAAGGAGAUCAUGGAACACAUAAAGAAAAUCUUGGGCAAGAAAGAGGAGACCCUCAGGGAGGAGGAGCUGGAGAGGCUGCAGCGUUUUCAUCCAGGCAACUUUGGCCCCCGGAAGUACUGCCUGCGGGAGUGCAUGUGCGAAGUAGAGGGUCAGGUGCCCUGCCCUGGCCUGGUGCCCUUACCCAAGGAGAUGACAGGGAAGUACAAAGCUGCUCUGAAAGCCAGUACUUAGGUCUAAGCAAGGCCAUCUGGGAUGGACUGGUGGCAUCUGACUGGUAGAAAUGGACUACAUUGGUACCAUAAAUGAUGGAACUCUGCAAUGGAAAGGCCAGCUUGCACAUCUAUUUAAAGAACAUGGGAUGAAGGCCAGGAUUGCUAGUUGCUGAACAUGUCAAUAAAAGAUUUAGUCUUCCUAUGCAUAGUAAGUCUGGUCUUGCUGGUAUAGACCAUCUAUAUCAGAGCUUGGGAUGAGAAGGUGCAAGAAAGUUUGUCAGUGACUGUCUCAGUCUUGUAACUGGCCCUGCUUCUUUCACUUAAUCUUCCUCCAGUUUCUACUCUGGAAGCUGUUGAGGGCUACUGCUACUGGUGAACAAAAUGUAGCUGGGAGAGUGGAUGUUCUUAACGAGACCUUGGGCAGUAGGAUCAGUUCAGGCCUGGACUUUCAGCUCAGCAGAUAUGAGCUGAAGUCACCAAAUCUCUUGUCCACUUCCUUGCUGUAAAGUCCAUGUGGGUGGAGGAGUGCCAGUGGCAUUGUGUUAACUGUAGCAGGGAUUUUUCUGGCUUUGAGAGUGAAGAUGCCACCAGGGUGGUAAUUUGAUUCCCAGUUCUUGCUUACUAGGUUAGAGAGACAGACAGACAGAUACUUCUGGAUGCCUUUCUAGUUAUUAUUCCAGUUAUCAGUGUCAUUUUAGCUAUGUAGACUUCAUCCUUCAGUGGACAGUAGAACCUUCCAGGGUCACUUAUGUUUACUACAGACCCCUUGGCAUCUGGCCAUAUAGGUAUGAGUUUAUGAGGCAAAAUAAAGUAGUGGUUGUUAAAAA